AUGGGUGCAUUUGAGAUAGGACUUUUCAGUUUAUUGUUAAACAUAUGGCUUGUGAGUGCAUUUUUACAAAGUCCUUUAUUAAAUACAAUAAGGAGUCAUUUACUGAUCUUAAAUUUAUGCGUAUCAUGCUUGGCACGAAUUAUUUUGGCUGGUUUUCCAUUUUCUGGGACAUCUGCUAUUGCUGGAAGAUGGGUAUUUGGCGAUUCAUGUUGUCAAUUAUUUGGAUUUAUGAAACAAUUAUUAGGUGUACUCCAGAUUGUUGCUUUAGCUUUAGUUGCUUUCGAAAGAUAUUUGGUAUCAAGACGUCAGGUUAAAGAAUUACCAUUUACAUUCUACAUUUUUGGUAUAAUAUUUUGUUGGAUUUUCGCACUUUUAUGUUCGAUACCACCGUUGUUUAAAAUUGGCAGUUAUCGUUGUGAUGUUAUUGGCGCUGCAUGCGAUUUUGAUUGGCGAAUGACAAAUAAAUAUCAAAUUUUGUUCAACAUUGCGAUUAUAAUUUUUGCGGGUAUUAUACCAACUUUUAUAAUAUUUUGGUGUUUUUGGAAAGCAAACGAUCGAAAUGUUAGAGAAAAACAAACUUAUGCCCAAAAGCGUUUAACAAAAACAAUGAUUAUUGUAACAACAGGAUUUUUUUUGUUAUGGCUACCACAAGCUAUUCAUAUAUUUUGGGUAAUUACUGGUCUAGCAUGGUCACCAAGAAUUUUUCCAGUACCACUAGCGGUAUUGUCUCCACUAUGCACAGAGGCCACAGCUUUAAUACCAGUUUUAACAUAUUUAGCAUACGAUGAACGAAUUCGUGUCGCACUUUUAAAUAUGGUACCACCUUUUAAAGAAUCACGACCAUUUGUUAGAUGA